AUGGCUUGUGCCUCGCAGGCAAUGAUAUCAGCAAACACUUGCACGCUCAAUUCACCAAGACUUUUCAAGAAAUACACUAAUGGAAAUAAGAGAAACUUGAAGCCUUUCUCUAUCAGAGCUGCCUCUGAUGACCCUGACUGUAAUACUGAAGAAUGUGCCCCAGAAAAAGAGGUUGGGACAGUGAGUAUGGAGUGGUUGGCUGGGGAGAAAACCAAAGUGGUCGGGACAUUCCCGCCGCGGAGGCGUGGUUGGACAGGGUAUGUUGAGAAAGAUACUGCAGGACAGACAAAUAUCUAUUCUGUUGAGCCUGCAGUUUAUGUAGCAGAAAGUGCAAUAAGUUCAGGAAGUGCUGGUUCUUCUGCUGAUGGUUCUGAAGGCAUGGUAGCACGUACCGCUGGCCUUGGCCUCCUUUCUGUAGCUGUAGCUGCGUUAGUUCUCGUCCUAGUUGGUAAGACCCCAUCUGACAUAACAGUAGCCGAAUACAAUGGGCCAUCUCUCAGUUACUAUAUCAACAAAUUUAAGCCAGAAGAAAUCAUCCAAGCUGCAGUGCCAAGCCAGACAGAUUCCCCCUCAUCCGUACAGGCAGAAAGCUCAGCACCGGAAGCCCCCGAGAUGCAGGUUCAAUCUCAAUAUGAACCUGAGCCUUCCACUUCAAGUGUGAGCAGUGUUUCUACGGCUAAUUAA